AUGCCUUCAAAACUUCUGGCUACCUUUGUUGCUCUAUUCGCCAUCGCAUCCGCUGCUCCACAAGCUCUUCCAACCCCAACAGUCAUCGCCCUGCCUCCAACCUUUCCUCUCCCAACAAGCGAUUGGGUAACCCAGAUCCAGCCCACCGUCAAACUCGCCGGUUCACCUCUCCAUGGGAAACUCAUCAACGCCGCGGAAGGCAGUUUCUUCAUCGGAAAGGAGCCCACGACCACCUGUAUCGACACAGCCCCAUGCGCAACAUUCUCAUACAAAACAACCAUUGCCUUCUCUCAAAACAACGGGUGGGGAAACCUGGUAAGCAAAACCCAUCUGACGCUUGUCCCCAUUGCACCUAGUCCAAAGAACUGAAUCAUUUCUUCCAGUCUGUGGCAGCACCCGGCGGUCAAUUCGUAUACGUCCUCCCCACCGGGGAAUUCGAGUACACAGCUCCUGGAGCCCCAGCACCCACUGGUGCCUUCAACAAAGGAUUUCUUCGCGCAGAAAACUUCCCACCGACGGGUGCAAUUUAUGCAUCCAUUAGUUUCAGAGGAGGGGGUUGGCUCGCUUGUCCGACUGGGGAGGAGGAUGUGUAUCGUGUUUUUGCUGCUGCUUUUGCGACGGCGAGUGGAUGUACGGCUUUUGAGAUGCAUGCGGAUGAGAUCUCGGAUCGCUCCCCACAGGCUUAUGCCUUUAGUGCUUGA